GGCGUGAGCGGCGAAAGCCGGGAGGGCGAGCGAGAGAGGGAGCAGGCAGCAGGCACAGGCAGCAGGCGGGCGGGCGGACGGACGGCACGAAGGGAGGGAGCGAGAGAGCAGUGAGUGAGCCAGCGAGGGCGGCCGCGUCCCGAAAGCAGUCGACAUUCCCGCCUCCCUCUGACCCCCUCCCCGGAGCCCACAGCGCCUCCGGUCUCCAGCGGAGCGGACACGGCCCGGCCCGGCCAUGGCCUCGUUGCUGAAGGUGGAUCAGGAAGUGAAGCUCAAGGUUGAUUCUUUCAGGGAACGGAUCACAAGUGAGGCAGAAGACUUGGUGGCAAAUUUUUUCCCAAAGAAAUUGUUAGAACUUGAUAGUUUUUUGAAGGAACCAAUCCUAAACAUCCAUGACCUAACUCAGAUCCACUCAGACAUGAAUCUCCCAGUCCCUGACCCCAUUCUUCUCACCAAUAGCCAUGAUGGACUGGACGGUCCCACUUACAAGAAGCGAAGAUUGGAUGAAUGUGAAGAGGCCUUCCAGGGAACCAAGGUGUUCGUGAUGCCCAAUGGGAUGCUAAAAAGCAACCAGCAGCUGGUGGACAUUAUUGAAAAAGUGAAGCCUGAGAUCCGGCUGCUGAUUGAGAAAUGCAACACGGUCAAAAUGUGGGUACAACUCCUGAUUCCUAGGAUAGAAGAUGGGAACAACUUUGGGGUGUCCAUUCAGGAGGAGACAGUUGCAGAACUAAGAACUGUUGAGAGUGAAGCUGCAUCUUAUCUGGACCAGAUAUCUAGAUAUUAUAUUACAAGAGCCAAAUUGGUUUCUAAAAUAGCUAAAUAUCCCCAUGUGGAGGACUAUCGCCGCACCGUGACAGAGAUUGAUGAGAAAGAAUAUAUCAGCCUUCGGCUCAUCAUAUCAGAGCUAAGGAAUCAAUAUGUCACUCUACAUGACAUGAUCCUGAAAAAUAUCGAGAAGAUCAAACGGCCCCGGAGCAGCAAUGCAGAGACACUGUACUGAGGCCAGGGCCAGGGCCAGGGGACUCUGUGAGUCUGGCUCAAGACCGACAUUGCCUUGGUUUGUUACAUGACUAUCGUGAUGGGGAAACUGGCUGGAAGUAGUAAUCACCCCUCUCUCUGUUUUUAGUUAGAGCCUAAUGAAACUCUCAUGUAGUUCUGUGACGUGUUUACCUCUUUUUUCAGGCCUCAGGAACUCUUCUAUUUCCUUCCCUAGUACCCCACGCCCCCCUGUCCUAAUUUCUGGAGACCUCCAGGUUUGUGUACGCAGGAUAUUGGCACAAGAAUACUUGUGUUUUUUC